AUGGUGACAGAAACGGCUAAGCGCAACACUUCCACUGUUACUACUUCGCGGACUUCAAGUCUUGGUUCAAAGAGAAACUCUUUUAGUUGCUAUUACAAAUUCGAAUUGUACUAUGCCGCACUCGACAACCCAACCCUUUUCUUCAAGUGCGCCAAAAACAAGAGGUAUACAACGCCAAAUACACUGCACAGAUGCGGUAACUCCGGAACUCCAUGCAAUGCCGCUGAGGUCGUCGGGAAAGAAGACGACGAAAUCGAGCAAGUUACACUUCUUGCUGCGCACCAGUUAGCUCCUUGA